CAACAGCAUUGCUGAGCCGUAUAACUUCUGUGUGCAGUGAAGCAAGGUAAAAUGAAGUGACGUACUUUCUAAAGACAAUGUGGCUGCUGUCAGCCUUAGCCCUGUCGUUUCUAUAAGAGAUGAAGAAAGUCUGAGAUGUGCUACAACAGUGAUUUCCAGCUUGGAGAAAAUCAUGUUUAUUUAGUCUACAUUUCUCUCCCUGAACUGGACUUUUGAAGAAUCUAUAGUGACACCUUGCAAUGUUACUUCAAAAAAUCUGGAGUUUUGUUACAUUUUCCUUAAUGAUGCUUAAUUUGCAGACUCAAGGAAUUGAAGAGCCUUGCUUACUUGCAAUAUCUGUCCACAGACAUACAAAAUUCCAUACUUUUGAGGGAAAAUCAUCGACCCUAAACUGCCCUGUAAAUUACUGCAUAAACAAAGGGACUCCCAUAGUAUCCUGGUGUAAACAAGAAGGAAAAACCUGCAGUAGCCUGGAAAAUAAAGCAGAGGCAAACAUAACAUGGACGCCAUAUAAUGAAACAUUUGGAAAUGCCUCAUUUACCAUUCCCUCAGUUAACAUCAGUGACAAUGGUUCAUAUGCCUGCAAAGCACAGCAGGCAGGACAAACAGCAAAGAGUCAUUAUAUACAGCUCCUUGUAUCAGAAAAACAAGGCACACAUACAACAACAUCUCAAUCUGCACUAAGUGGUGGUACUACUGACUCCUCUGAUGGAAAUUUCUGGAUAGAGAACACGUGGCUGCUGUAUGUCUUCAUUGGAUUGAUUGUGGUUGUGACAGCCAUCUGCUUCAUUCUCUGCUGUUCCGUUAAAACAUGGAAAGCAAAGAAAAUGUCUCAGGAUGUGCAGCCAAAGGAAACAAAAAAGGUAAGAACAUUUAAAAAGGUAAGAAUAGUUAUAUCAUAA